CAUGUUCUCCAAAGGAUUUCUCAGGCUUGAAAUCCAAUACAGGAGUGAUUCCAUUCUACCACUAUGAAGAAAAGUGGUGUUCCUCUCCUUUUGAGUAUCAUCUUCCUGACUCUGAUUGGAGUUCAAGGAGCCCUAGUAAUGAGGAGUAGACGCUGUUCCUGCAUCAACACCAGCCAAGGGGUGAUCCAUUCAAAAUACUUAAAGGACCUUAAACAGUUUGCCCCAAGUCCUUCUUGUGAGAAAACUGAAAUCAUUGCUACAAUGAAGAAUGGAGAUCAAACAUGUCUAAACCCAGAUUCAGCAGAUGUGAAAGAACUGAUCAAAGUGUGGGAGAAACAGGUCAGCCAAAAGAAAAAGCAAAAGAAAGGGAAAAAAUAUCAAAAAAACAAGAAAUUUAUGAAAGUUAAAAAAGCUCAACGUCGUCAACAAAAGAAGACUACCUGAGCGACUACUUUACCAGCAAGUGUUUUGUGUUAAAAAGAUGCUUUUUUAAUUAUGCUGAAAUAAUUCCAAAAGAGGAUUGCACCUUAAUACACAAGCUCGUUGAUUUGACUAGAAAAUGUAAAGCAUUAUUAUGAAAUUGUAAUUAAAGCUAGAAAGUUGCUUUUAAAAAUCUACAUGUUAAGAAUUGUUAGAAGCUAUAGUUUGUCCUUGUUCUUCCACCUCGGACCAAAUGAAUUGCAUCAUGCUUAAGACCACAGUCUUAGUAACGCCCACAUCUGGAUUCACACAGCGACAUCCCACACACAACAGCUGCCUUGGAGAUUAGCCGUAGGCUUCCCAGGCCACACACUGCAGCCUCCAGAGAGUAUUCUGAGGCACAUGUCAGCAAGCCACAGCCUGGCAACAUGUUGGUAUGCCAAGCAGCUUGGAAUGGAGCUGGACCUCACCACGCUGCCAUAGCCAUCAGCAUCUGUAUUUGAAUCAGCCUGUGGGCCUCACAAACAGCAUAUCUGAGAGAUUCGUGCUGGUUGUUUCUAGUGAAUAGCACUUGGCUUUCAGAACCUUCUGUCUGAUUUUGAGGCCGUAUGACUUCAUCUUGCCUGCCCAGGCUGACCCCUUUAUUCCUUAUCAUUCCACUUUGCUUCAGCCAAACCAGUUCCUCACUCAUCCUACCACAACUCAGUGCCUGCCCCCUCUACAACACAGGUCAUGCUCUCAUUCACCUGAGUCUACUGCUUUCUCACUCUUUCCCCAGCACUCCCCAGAAAUGCCUCCUUCUCUUCACUCAUCCUCACUUGAUCCAGUCUUCAAGGCUCAAUUUAAUCCUGCCUCUUAAAGCCUUCUGAAUACAUGGAUUACCUUAAAACUGCUAUUUCACUUGUGUUCAGUACCAUACAGGUGAGCACUUAAUUGUUUUCUAAUUAUUUUUUGUAUGUUUCUCCCUCCAACAAAAUUUUCAGUUCCUUGAGGGCAGGGGCCACAGUGUAUUUCCCUGAAUCUACCACCCGUGCCUAAUGUACUGUGAAACUAGGUUUUGAAUAAUUUCUUAAUUGCAGUUUCUGCAGGUAGGAGGGCAAUCAGAUCAUCUCCUCAGAGCAGGAUCUGGCUAUUUAUUAGCUACUCCAUAUACUCCCUGGUAACAUCUUUUAUAGUCAUUAUCUUCAGGCCAUUAAAACUUCAGGGACUGAGGGUGAUGCAACAUCCUUGUCUCAUUAUGACAGGAUGUUAACUUGGCCUCUCCAACAGAUAAGAAGGAAAUGUUUAAAUCACUUGUGGAUAUUCUGAACUGUUUUCAUUAAAUAUACAACAUACCUAGAAUCAUAGAAUCUGACAAUGAGAAGGGGCUUUAGAGAUCACCUAGUGUUCAGCACCCCAAUACAAAUAUUCCUUUAAUACCAUUCCUGACAAGCCUCAGUCUUCUAUGAUCUGACAAGAAAGCCACCAAAUCCCUUCUGAAAACUCAUUUUAGGUAAAUACGAAUUUCAUUGUCUGUUUAGCUUGUUUCAAAGUUUGUAAAGUACUGUGAUUAUUGAUUACCACACCAGCUCUCAUGAAGAAAGCAGGUAUUAAGUUACCAAGAACUAGAGGGAGCAGUAGAUCCUGUUAGUGGAAGCGUGGUUGGUACCCAGUUAGCCUCUGCAGGGAUUGGAAACCCUCUUAAAGAUGAUGUUCCAUGAACUGUGUAAGAGAGGAUGUCUUUGGCCAGAAUUUAAAUUUAUGCCUAUUUCUCAAACGUUGUCACUCCUUACAUUGCAGAGAUUUUCAGUGCUGCCCAGUGGUGAUCCCAGUGUCUUAUCUAGUCAUGAAACUCUUUAGCUUCUUCCGUGUAACUCCCCUGAAAAAUCUAAAUGUUUCAUAAUUUGGGAGUCUGUGAUCUACUUACCUUGCAUCUCACAGGCAAAGUGGACAGUGUAUACCCAAAGACCACGUGUUUUGACCAAGUAGCUAUGACAUAUAUAUACAUGACAAUCAUUUACCAUUUAUAUAUGCAUGUAUACUCUCUAAGCAAAUAAUCAUGUUCAAAGCAAUAUUGGCAUAUAUAUCCUGUACUUUGAAAUAUUUCCUUUGUUGAAAGACAAUGCUAUCAAUAAAAGGACC